CGGGCAGGCCGGGGGAAAAAAGCUGCGAGGCAGGCGGCGCCGGAGGGAGCGCCCGGCCCAGCAAAGAGUUAAAGGGAGGGGACGUGGGCUGUCACGCGUCAUUGGGCAGAUUAUGUGCAGCAAACAAAAAGUGUGUGUCUGCGUGCCAGUCAGUCACUGCAUCGGGUCCAUCUGUACAACUCUCUCCGUUUCUCCGUCUCUCUCUCCCUCGCUCGCUCGCUCUCCCUCCCUCCACCCCCCAAUCUUUUUCUCCCCAUCUCUCCAUCUCUCUCUUAUCUCUUCAGGAAGAGCCUAAAAGGCGACCACACCAACACCUCUUGACAUGGAAAUACACUGAUACAAAAGGCGAAAAGAAACACUCGAUUGCAUCUUCCCGGUUCCAGGUGGCCUGAUUUGGGAGAUUCUAUACUGACCUUAUUCCUGUGAUGGAGGAUACAGGCAUCCAGCGAGGCAUCUGGGAUGGAGAUGCCAAGGCUGUCCAACAAUGUCUGACAGAUAUUUUUACCAGCGUUUACACCACCUGCGACAUCCCUGAGAAUGCUAUAUUUGGUCCCUGUGUCCUGAGCCAUACUUCCCUAUAUGACAGCAUAGCUUUCAUAGCUCUCAAGUCUACUGACAAGAGAACAGUACCGUAUAUCUUUCGGGUAGACACCUCAGCAGCAAAUGGUUCCUCAGAAGGUCUCAUGUGGCUGCGGUUGGUCCAAUCGGCCAGAGAUAAGGAAGAGCAGAACCUUGAAGCUUACAUAAAAAACGGACAGCUGUUCUACCGCUCUCUCCGCAGGAUUGCCAAAGAUGAGGAGUUACUAGUUUGGUACGGGAAAGAACUGACUGAGUUACUCUUGCUCUGCCCCUCUAGAUCCCACAACAAAAUGAAUGCAGGGUCGUCCCCUUAUACAUGCCUGGAAUGCAGCCAACGUUUCCAGUUUGAGUUUCCCUAUGUGGCGCAUCUGCGUUUCCGCUGCCCCAAGAGACUUCACAGCGCUGAUAUAAGUCCCCAAGACGAGCAAGGCGGCGGCGUGGGCACCAAGGACCACGGGGGCGGCGGCGGCGGUGGCAAAGACCAGCAGCAGCAGCAGGAGGCACCUUUAGGCCCGGGUCCCAAGUUUUGCAAAGCCGGACCCCUCCACCACUACCCAUCCCCCUCCCCCGAAAGCAGCAACCCACCCGCUGCCGCCGGCGGCAGCAGCGCGAAGCCAUCCACAGACUUCCACAACCUGGCCAGGGAGCUGGAAAACUCCCGGGGAGGCAGCAGCUGCUCCCCAGCCCAGAGCCUCAGCAGCGGUAGCGGCAGCGGCGGCGGCGGCGGCCACCAGGAGGCGGAGCUGAGUCCCGACGGCAUCGCCACGGGCGGCGGCAAAGGAAAGAGGAAAUUCCCGGAGGAGGCGGCGGAGGGCGGCGGUGGUGCGGGUCUGGUAGGGGGCCGGGGCCGCUUCGCAGAGCGGCCCCUCCCGGCCUCCAAGGAGGAUCUGGUGUGCACACCGCAGCAGUACCGAGCCUCGGGCAGCUACUUCGGCCUGGAAGAGAACGGCCGCCUCUUCGCGCCGCCAAGUCCCGAGACGGGCGAGGCGAAGCGCAGCGCCUUCGUGGAGGUGAAGAAGGCUGCCCGCGCGGCCAGCCUGCAGGAGGAGGGGACCGCCGACGGCGCGGGCGUUGCCUCCGAGGACCAGGACGCUGGCGGCGGCGGCGGCGGCUCCUCCACGCCCGCGGCCGCGUCGCCGGUGGGCGCCGAGAAGCUGCUGGCCCCGCGGCCCGGGGGCCCGCUGCCCAGCCGGCUCGAGGGCGGCAGUCCUGCGAGGGGCAGCGCCUUCACUUCGGUGCCGCAGCUGGGCAGCGCGGGCAGCACCGGCGGUGGGGGCGGAACGGGCGCCGGGGCCGCAGGCGGCGCGGGCGGGGGCCAGGGCGCCGCGUCGGACGAGCGCAAAAGCGCCUUCUCGCAGCCAGCACGCUCCUUCUCGCAGCUGUCCCCGCUGGUGCUGGGCCAGAAGCUGGGCGCGCUCGAGCCAUGCCACCCCGCCGACGGCGUGGGCCCCACCAGACUCUAUCCCGCCGCCGCGGACCCUCUAGCGGUGAAGCUCCAGGGGGCCACGGACCUGAACGGAGGUUGCGGGUCCCUGCCGAGCGGCGGCGGCGGCCUGCCUAAGCAGAGCCCCUUCCUGUACGCCACAGCCUUCUGGCCCAAGAGCUCUGCUGCCGCUGCAGCGGCGGCUGCGGCAGCGGCCGCGGGGCCCUUGCAGCUGCAGCUGCCCUCGGCGCUCACGCUGCUGCCGCCCUCCUUCACCUCGCUGUGUCUGCCCGCGCAGAACUGGUGCGCCAAGUGCAAUGCCUCCUUCCGCAUGACCUCCGACCUGGUGUACCACAUGAGGUCGCACCACAAAAAGGAGUAUGCGAUGGAGCCCUUGGUGAAGCGGCGGCGAGAGGAGAAACUCAAGUGCCCCAUCUGCAAUGAGUCCUUCAGGGAGCGCCACCACCUCUCCAGGCACAUGACCUCGCAUAAUUGACUCGGAAAGGACCCCAGCUUUCCACGCGCGCGCACGCACAGUCAAGCCACCUGCAGGAAUAAACACGCGAGAACAUCCACCGCUUCCUUGCACCCCGAAACACGGCACAAAGACAGAUACAUUCACCCCCCACAACGCACACACACCUCCUCUCCUCCCAGGAACCUCAUUCAAAUAUUUACCCGGGACACACACACACACACUCACACACAAGAGCCAGGAUGGUGGAGUUUUGAUUGGGUGGGUUGUUUGAGGGGGUUUUCUUUUGAAUGCACGCAUUUUCACUUUCCCCAAAACAAAGGUACAUUUUAAAAAAUGUCAUAUAUUGCAACAUAUUGAUGCAUUUGUCAUACGUUUCUACUUAAAUUAUUAAGCACUUACGAUUUAGAUGUAAUAAUUAUAUGUAAGGACAAAAUUUAUUUUAGAUAUAAAGUAAAGGAGGAGGGUGAGAUGCUUUCUGCAUUUCUUGAUGACAGUUUGUGUUCUUACAAAAACAAACAAAAUGAAUAAAAAGGGGUCGCCAUUCAAUUUGAGUUUCCAGGGGGAAGUGCAUGUAUAAUGAAAUGAUUAUGGACUUCAAUGAAGAAUGUCAUCAAUUAUGUAAAUAUGUAUUUUCUUUUAAUACAAAGUGUAAUUUUGUGCCAGUGAAAUGGAGUCUGAAUAGUUAUGUGUUUCUUUUAUCCCUGGAAAUAUUUAUUAAACUUUAUAGUUUAUCCGAGUAUGUUGGAUGCUUUGACAAUAAAUGACUAUUUUCUUCAAAGCAAA